UUUUAAGUAGGGCUCGAUGUUGGCACGAAACUAAAUUACACAAGCGAUAUAUUGGGAUGAGCAAAUUAACCCACACAACUCAUUAAUCGUCUGUAAAAUCUUCAUAAACACAAAAAUGAAUAGUAACGUCAGAUUCUUCGAAGAUAUUUAUAAGCUGAUUCAUAAUGAUGAGGGGGUUGUCACGAGUACUUCAUUAGACCAGAUCGACGUUGAGGCAAUGAUUCUAAAAACUUAUAGCAAAUUCGAACAAAAAGCCUCAGUGGACCCGGAUCUACCAAAACUUAACAAGAAUGCCCACAUAAAAUUUUUAAAGGAAGCCUUGUUGUCAUUACCCCAGAGUUAUUCAUGCUUGGAAGCGAGUAGACCCUGGUUGAUUUAUUGGAUUCUUCAUUCUCUUUGGAUAUUGAAGAGCAUGCCUGAUGCAGAAACCUUAUCAAAAGUUGUGAAUUAUUUAUCAAAAUGCCAACACACAGAAGGUGGUUACGGUGGAGGAAAUGAGCAACUGUCACAUCUAGGUACAACUUAUGCAGCUGUUAAUGCUCUAAGCAUCAUUGGUACCGAAGAGGCAUACAACUCAAUUGAUCGAAGCUCCUUACAAACAUUCUUGUGGACAGUAAGAGAUGUUGAUGGAUCAUUUGCACUACACAAGGGCGGUGAAAAGGAUAUAAGGGGAGCAUACUGUGCGAUUAGUGUUGCUAAGUUAACCAAUAUUUAUACUGAUGCUUUAUUUGACAAAACAGCUGAAUGGAUUGUUAGUUGUCAGUCAUAUGAAGGUGGUUUCGCUGGUUGUCCAGGAAUGGAGGCACAUGGAGGGUAUACAUAUUGUGGGAUUGCAGGUUUAGCUUUAUUAGGAAGAACCCAGCUGUGUGACAUUGAUGCCUUACUGAGGUGGUGCGUUAACCGCCAGAUGGCUCUAGAAGGAGGGUUUCAAGGAAGGACAAAUAAGCUGGUAGAUGGCUGCUAUUCAUUUUGGCAAGGCGCUAUAUUCCCUAUUAUUAGUGCUAUACUGUCUCAAGAUCAAAAAGAAAUGAUGGAAACAGUUCUGUUCGAUCAAUCUGCUUUACAGGAGUAUAUAAUAGUUUGUUGUCAAGCAUAUGACGGAGGACUUGUUGACAAACCUGGAAAGCCUCGAGACUUGUACCACACUUGUUACACACUGAGUGGACUUUCAGUGGCACAACAUGGAACAGGGGCUCUAGAUCCUUAUGUUAUAGGAUCAUCCAGAAAUGAACUGAACACAAUACAUCCUUUGCAUAACAUUGCUCCUCAUCUUGCAUACAAUGCUUUACAUUACUUCAUUAGACAUCCUCCACCCGUGAAGGAUAAUAAUUAAUAAUAUAAU